CAUAGUUGCGCAUGCACCAUGCCCUCCUACUCAGAUCGCUCCCCACAAUCUCUAUCGGCGUUUCAAGAGCACCCUUCCAAGCGAAUUCGACUAGAAGCGGGCAGAGGCACUAAUAUUGACCCCAUUGGCAGAAGUAGCACCGGCACAGUAACUUUGUCGCCCCCGGGCGAGGACACCACGGCUGUAGCUGGAGUACCUCCGAAAGGAACAACACGGGCGCGGCGAAGUCGUGGCAUUACGGCCUGCCAAACUUGUCGGAACCGAAAAACAAAGUGCGACAAUGAGCGACCGACAUGUGGAUACUGUGCAAGAGUUGGAGCCAAUUGCACCUAUCUUGACUCGGACUACACCCCUACACUGUGUAACGGUGUUGGGCCGCGGCUCCUUUGCGCAAUAGAAGAACUAAGUGGUCUGUUGAAAAAGCAGGGCGGCCAUCAAAACCCAAACAGAGAGUCGCUUGACCAGCCGAACGGUCUAACCGUGCCGCGGCUGGCUACCCCACACCCGCAACAGUCCUUAUUGCUGACUCGAUCACAUCAUACCCAGCUGGGCAAUUCAGAACGAACAUCAUUUCAUGUCAGAUCGCCUGCCAGCCUUGAGAGCGUCUUAAGUUGGCCUAUAUUUCCCACAACCAAACCAUCCAUAAGUCUGGCUGGCCAUGACAUUGAUUCGUCCCCGACACAUUCACUUCCCAGUCUGCAGCUGUCCGAGCUUUCUCGACUCGAAGCGAAGUUCAUUGCGAACGUGCACCCCAAGAACCCCUUUGUCGAUCCGAUUGCCCUCCGUCAGCAUAUUCACCACGUGGCCGAAAGUGGCUUGGAUUGGUCCACUGAAACUUGCCUAGUCGCAAUAGUUUGUGCACUGGGGGCUUACUCCCAGAAGUAUGAUCCGGAAGAUGAGCUCGGCCACGUCGUACCACCGGAAGUAUCAUACGAUGCUGCAGAGGAUGAUGCCUUGGCUCGAAAAUUCUGGAGCAUCGCCAUUAAGAGGUUAGGAAUCGUGAUUGGGCAAAACAACAUCAUAGCCAUACAAUGCCUAACUCUAGCAGGCAUCUGGCAUAUGUACAAUAUGGAGCCGCUACAGGGAUGGAGAUUUUUCAACUUGGCUAGCAAUGCUUGGUACACCACCAUGUACUCCACAGCUGUCCUUGCCGCGAAUCCACCAAUAGCCGUUCCAGAACCUCACCAGCAUGGCUGGGCCACCGACCAAAGCCUUUACUUCUCUUGCUUGAAAUCCGAGUUUGAAAUUAGGCUUGAGCUUUCACUUCCUCCGUCGAUCAUCGAAAGAAUUGAUUAUCCUUACUCAUUCCCUUCUCCGCCAGACCUUGAUACUCUGGCUGGCCGACAUGGCAGCCUAGAAAAUUAUCAGCAAUCCUGGUACUAUUACUUGGCCGAAAUAGCAUCCCGGCACCUUACAAGUCGCAUUGCUGAAGCUCAUGAGGAGGCUUUAGCUCUACCCACGCAUUUGUAUAUUGAGCAGUUGUUGCAAAAUGCCGAGAUCUUUGAAGCUCAGCUGCAGGCAUGGCAUGUGGCACUCCCUCCCAGCAUCGCUUUUACCGUACCCUUACAGACCGUGCCUGCGUUACCGAACGAGCUGAUUCAGCAUUUACGUAGCCGAUACAUGGUCAUCUGCGAGCUGACAUACCGACCGUUCCUACGCCUGUGUACCUCGCAUAAGUUAGAUAUUCCAGCAGACGUCCUCGCUAGAGUGGCGGGUCUUGCAUCUCGAGGUCUCCAUAUAUGCACGCUAUGGGUAAAGUCAACCAGGGGAGAGCGCCACCACGGCCUUUGGUUCCAGCUGCGCAAUUUUGUCUGUUGUGCUAUGAUGUUAAUAGCUGCGGGUAAGGCUCAAUCUGAUCCGGAGCUGAACGCAGCCCCAUUGCUACAAUUCCCAAGCGACUGGAAGGAACUGAUUUUAGAGAAGAAGAAGGAAUUGUCAGCAUUUUGGUCAGACGAGAGAGGUGGCAUUGCAGACUGUGGAAGGCUGCUUGACUGGGCAUUGAAUGAUUUCAGCUAG